AUGGGCGUCGAAUCUGAUUGGAAUAAUCUAGGGAAACGAUUGCUUUCAUGCUAUGCAAAAUGUGUCCUCGAAGACGCCGAGAAGCUCGACGGCAAACGCCCCAUUAGAUUGAGAGAUCGAAGAGAUGCACAGUUAGCGAACACCAUCACUUCGUUGGUUCAUCUGAUGGAUCGUUAUAGGGAUGAGGGCAGUACAGAAAAAGCAUUGGACGCCGUGGAUUUAGGAAAGAUCUUCGAAAGACUAGAACAGAGGGAGAAGUCUCAGAAGGACGAAAUCUGGGGAUACGAAGACCUCCUCGUCCAGGAGACACUUGCAUUCUUUAAAAACGACUUCUUCAAGUGGGUUAACAAACCGCAGUGCCCACAAUGUGGUAAGGAUGGCGACAAUAUCGAACUGACCGGGAUGGCUGGACCUCCGGCAAUCAAUCCUGAUGAAAUUGGUCACAUCGAAAAGUACCAUUGCAAUGUCUGUAACAUUGAUGUUGACUUUCCCAGAAUAAACAACCCUGUCAAGCUUUUGGAGACUAGACGAGGAAGAUGUGGAGAAUGGGUCAAUUGCUUCUUAUUGGUACUUCAAGCCGUUCUUGGACCGGACGCUCAACUUCGUUAUAUCUGGAAUAUGGAAGAUCACGUCUGGUGCGAGUACUACAGUCAAAAACAGCAAAGAUGGGUGCACUUAGACCCCUGUGAGAACGUGUUUGAUGAACCUUCCCUCUAUUGCAAUAACUGGGGAAAGCAAAUGAGCUAUGUCAUUGGAAUCGGUAACCACUACAUCGUUGAUUUAAGUAACAAGUACGUUGUCAACGAGGAGAAGCGCAUUCCAAAACUGAGUGUCGUGUCGAGCGAAGAAACGAUACUGAAAUAUAUCAAGUACCUUAAUGCUCGUCUUAUGCUCAUCUUUUGGCAUAACAACAUAGAGCCCAACCACGAGGAUGAUAAGUAUGACAAGCUCUAUGAGGAUCUCAUACUCAUACAUAAUAGAGAGCUUUUGACACUUCAAAAGACUGAUCAGCGUCACACAGACAAGACAAGCACACCGCAAGGAAGACAGACAGGAAGCGCAGAAUGGACCAAGGCACGCGGUGAAGAUGGCGCCUGA